AUCCCACCCUUUCGCCUCUCCUCUUCGACCACCUCCUCCGUCUCCGCCCAAUUCUACCGCCUUCUCCUCCGCCCUGGAAGGAUCUGGUCUCGAACCUAUGACAAAUUCGGUACAUUUUACCUUCUUUUUGGGGAAAUCUUCGAGUUCUUAGGGUUGGAGAACGAAUUCGAGUCGUUUUAUUCGUUGCUCUGAGGGAUUGGUUCCAAAAAAAGGGAUUUUUUUCGGAUUUUUUUUUUGCCACCAGAUUCGUUCCUUCUUUUCAGAAAGUUUAGAUCUUUGUUGUGGUUUUUUGCUUUGAUGCCUUCUUCCAUGACGACGGCGUCGAUGUAUUGGUGCUACCGGUGUAGCCGCUUCGUGCGGGUAAGGCCGCAGGACGCUGUCGUCUGCCCCGACUGCGACGGUGGCUUCCUCGAGGAGGUGGGCGGCUCGCCUCUCCCUCUCGGACCCGCAGCUGAGCUCCCCCCCCCUCAGGGGUUCCCCUCUUCCGCCGCGCUCACGCUCGGCAGCCACGGAUCCUCCGCGGAGGCCGGCCCACUUCAACCAUCCGAGCUCAGAUUCCGCCAGAACCGACGUGCGGCUGCCGGCGACCGCUCACCCUUCAAUCCGGUCAUCGUUCUUCGCGGCGCGUCUGACGGCGACCGUGAUGAGGAUCGCUCGACCGCUAGUAACUUCGAGCUUUACUAUGACGAUGGCACAGCAGCCGGCCUCCGCCCCUUGCCGGAAAGCAUCUCGGAUUUCCUGAUGAGCUCUGGCUUCGACCGCCUCCUCGAGCAGUUCGCCCAUAUCGAGAUCAACGGCAUGGGUCACGACAGAGGAAGCGAGCGCCCCCCGGCGUCAAAGGUCGCCAUCGAGUCGAUGCCUACGAUAGAGAUCGUAGACGACCACAUCGGGAAAGACUGCCAUUGCGCCAUCUGCAUGGAUGUCUUCGAGCUCGGGACGGAGGCCCGGGAGAUGCCCUGCAAACACAUCUAUCAUCAAGAUUGCAUUUUGCCGUGGCUUUCGCUCCGCAACUCGUGCCCUGUCUGCCGCCAUGAGAUGCCUACCGAUGUGCAAGAACGGGGUUCUGCGGUUGCAGAAGGCGAUGACCAAGCUGCUGUCACCGGGAGCGAAGAGGAGAUGGUAGGUCUGACCAUAUGGAGGCUUCCAGGUGGAGGGUUUGCAGUGGGGAGGUUCUCAGGGGGCAGAAGAGCAGGGGAACGAGAGUUUCCCGUUGUCUACACUGAGAUGGAUGGUGGAUUCAACCACAGUGGAGCACCAAGAAGGAUCUCAUGGACCUCGAGAAGGAGUAGGCUGAGGGAGAGUGGUGGAAUUGGUCGGACUAUUCGUAACUUCUUCUCAUUCUUUCGGCGGUCACGAUCGGCUUCGUCUUCUUCAAGGUCGAUUGCAGAAUCUGAUGCUGCAUUUUCUCGUGGGCACGAAAGAGGUUCAGUUUUCAGGUGGCGUUCACGAAGGCGGAGCAUCAACAUGGAUGGCGGCACCGAUGUGACUUCUUGAUGGCGGUAUAAAUAAGUUUGCAGUGAGUGAUCUUAAGAUACGAUUUCACUGUAAAUAGAUAAUAUCCCGAAAUGUUGUUGUAGUAUCUGCUGAAAUGUAUGUCUUUGAAGUUGAAUUAAUUAGUUGGAAAGAAUUAACGAGAUCUUUGUGACAGAAGACACAUGCAUAAUUAUUAUUGCAGGCUCAAUGCGUAUUAUUGUUUAUCCCAGCCUUUAUUUAGGAAGGCCUUUACAGCUUCCA